AAAAAAACUCUGUUUAGACAUWAAAAAAAAAAAUCUCCAGAGCUGGUGUCUCCUACUGCAUACCUUGGCUUACUGGUCCAGGAAGGAAUGGGGCACUKGCAGCCCAUAACUGGGUCUGGAACUGGCCCUCCUGUUAGCAGUUCAGCGUGAUUCAAGAGCACACAGUGAGAAAAGCUCUCCUCAAAGGCGAGUGACACAUUCUCCACAGAUGGGGGGACUCCUGUGGCUGGGGAGGAUUUGUUCCAGGGUGUAGAUAAUGUAUGCUGUCACUUCAAGAAGAAGMUAAAAGCUUGGUGUGUGAAGGAUAAGGGUUAAUUUAAAGAAGGGAUGGACAUYAGAUUUUGGACAGAAGAUUUUUGAGCUUCAAGAUGUUUGUGCUUCUGUUAUAAUCACAUAAACAAAUUCUCUAAGUUUUGUUUGUUUGCUUUUGUUAUUUAUAYCUCUUCAAAAACUCAAUGAAAUCAAACUGCCAUGGGGUAAAUAACAAAGUCCUUAAGUGGCUUAACAACAAUUUCAGUUUAGAAAAUAAAGAUGAGCGGAAAACUGGCCAACAUCUAGAGAAGGAAUGGAAAGAGCAAUGAGGUAAAUCUAUUGAGUCUGGUGCUGUUCAGCAUAGUCCUGAAAGAAGUGGAGAAUGAGGCAAAAAAGCCUCCUGAUCAUAGUAGAUCAGACAGGAUAGCUAAGGGAAGGAUGUACUUUGGGGCUGCAGAACAGCCUCACCAUACAAAGUGACCAAAGGACAACCUAGCAGUUGAAAUUCAAUGUUGAUGAAUAUAGAAUAGUGCAGAGGAAGAUAAUUCUCAAUUGAAAUACUCAGUGAUGAAAUACACAGUGAUAAUCUAAAUUUUCAUUUGGAAAGAAACCUUGGUUUAUAAUAAUUGUAUAAAAAUGUCUAUUGAAUGUGCGGUAGGAAUGAGAAAAAGAAAAAAAAAAAUAGAUCUGAAUACUGGGACUCAUUGGUAAAGAAAUUGUGAACAAAAAGAAAGGCCUUUAUGCUACAGCAUAAAUGCAUGGCAUGCUUGAAUAUUGCAUCCUUGCUCCCUCAUUUUAGAAAGGAUGCAGAAGAAAGAGAGAGGAUACAGGAAAUAUURAUAAAAAUGUGGAAUGACUCCCACAUGGAAAACAACACUUGGGCAUCUAUCUAAGCAGGAAGGAACAAAGGUCUAUGAACUCUCAAGUGGCAUGGAGAAAGCAAGUAGAAAAUGGCCAUUCACUCUCCUGUGCCAUGGGAGCCAAGCAGCCUCAAGAGAAUGAGUUUUAAAGUUUUAAAGCUAGCAAAAAGCACUUCCUGUAGCUGUGGAAUUGCCCUGGGAUAUUACAGAUGCCAGGAGUUCCCAUGCUGACAGAGGUGUUCACACAUACCCCWUAAAGAAAACUCUCUCAAAGGCUAUUGUACACAAAAAUGCAGUUCUGGUUCAGGGGUCACCUCAGCAGAGAUUGCUGGGAGCUGGGGAGACCCAGAAAUUGGGAGGCUGGGACUGGGGUAGGGGCUGAAGCUGUUUGCACUUGCCUGAGGAGGAAAAAGUGAAAGUCGUGAGUGUGAUAGGAUGCUUGACUUCCUCAGUGUCUGAGCCGAUUCCAUCUGUCUCUUUCUGUGUAAUUACACCCACCUUGUGCCAGGGUAUUGUUCAAAUACAUGACAAACAAGCUCCUGCCCUUAAAAAUCAAUUUGAGACUUUGUGGAAGGAUUUCAGUGAGUGUCCUUGCAGAAGAGUAAGGCAGAAGGUUUUUAAAAAAGAGAAGUCUGAGAUGGACAAAACCAGGCACAGGGUGAAGUCUUAAUUUGCAAAGAUAUUUUAAUAAUUUGAAGGGUCUUUUUGUCUAAAUAGCUGUAUACAUGGCGCAGUAGUGUGUCACCUACAUGUGAAUAACAGUGAUGUCGAUGUCUGGCAAUAAUCUCCAAAUCGUGAACAUCUUUCCACCCAGGCACUUGCUGUAGCUUUUCAGAGAGACUGAAAAGCAGCUGACCUGAAUAAAACCUGUGUACUGAAACACCUGAUUUUCUUUUCUUUGAGGGUAUUGUAAUGUGUGCAGUGUCUGUGCUAAAURCGUUGCUUUCUAGUCAGCUCUCCAUGUAAUGUUGGAUUGCAACAGACUGCUCUCUGUCACACCUGAUGACUAAACCUGUCUCACCCACGCCAUGGGAAAGUACUGGUGCAUUGAGCCUUCUUAGAAUCAAGCUUUAGGUUGUCCUCAGAUUUCAAAUCUCCUGGGCACUUUUUUUAAUAUGGCCUCUAACUCAAGAGAUACAAGCACAAAUGGAUUCCAGGCAACAAUUAAUCAGAUAAGUAUUUAUUUAUUUAACUCAACCUAUAGAAUUAUGAUGGCAAUAGUUUUUUUUUUUUUUGGAGUUAGAGUUUCAUUGAGCAAAAGACUGUCUUUUAAACACUAUUCUCUCUUUUUCAGGCAUCUGCACUGAAGCAUUCUGGAUUUCAUUGGGCAUGGUGCCUGUUACUGAUUACAAAAUCUGCUGCUGAAGCAACUUCUAGAGGUGGUGGAAGACCUAUGGUUGAGGAUCCUUUGCGCCUAUAAAUGUUAUUGUGUGUGUCUGUUUGACCAUGAGACCUACAGCCAACAAGACUUCUGGUGCUCCUUCCUACAGCAGAUGGUCCAGUUCACAGCCCCAUCAGUCCAGCUCCACAGUGAGAACGUACCAAAACAGUAAAUCGAGAGUGACCAUGAGCCCUGGCUUUAGCUCCCAGUGGAAUAGCAGCCAACCUGCUUGGAAUACAUACACCUUUCCAAGAGCAAGCUUGCACUACCAGUCUCAUGCUAGCUACACCUACUGUGCUGGACAUCCUGCUCAGUCCUAUGCACCAGCUCCCCACCCCAUGGCUCCUCCCAGCCCCAGCACAAACAGCAGCAACAACAGCAGCAACAACAGCAGYGGAGAGCAGUUGAGUAAAACCAACCUGUACAUUCGAGGCCUUCCACCCGGCACCACCGACCAGGACCUUAUCAAGCUGUGCCAGCCGUAUGGGAAAAUUGUAUCCACAAAGGCAAUUCUUGACAAAAACACAAAUCAGUGCAAAGGUUAUGGUUUUGUAGAUUUUGACAGUCCCGCAGCAGCACAGAAAGCAGUAGCAUCUCUCAAAGCAAAUGGCGUGCAGGCGCAGAUGGCAAAGCAACAAGAGCAAGAUCCCACAAAUCUAUACAUCUCAAAUUUACCUGUGUCCAUGGAUGAGCAGGAACUGGAGAAUAUGCUGAAACCCUUUGGACAUGUCAUUUCCACCAGAAUAUUAAGAGAUGCUAAUGGAGUCAGCAGAGGAGUCGGCUUUGCCAGAAUGGAGUCUACAGAAAAAUGUGAAGUAGUAAUUCAGCAUUUUAAUGGCAAAUACCUGAAAACCCCACCCGGUCUACCAGCCCCCACUGAGCCUUUGCUGUGCAAAUUUGCUGAUGGAGGGCAAAAGAAGCGCCAGAAUCAAAGCAAAUACACACAGAAUGGAAGGCCAUGGCCCAGAGAAGGAGAGGCUGGCAUGGCUUUGACUUAUGAUCCAACAGCUGCUAUACAGAAUGGAUUUUAUUCCUCACCGUACAGUAUUCCAACAAACCGCAUGAUUCCACAGACAUCAAUCACGCCAUUCAUUGCUGCUUCCCCUGUCUCUACAUAUCAGGUCCAGAGUACUUCAUGGAUGCCUCAUCCGCCAUAUGUUAUGCAACCAACAGGUGCUGUGAUAACACCAACAAUGGACCACACUAUGUCAAUGCAGCCAGCAAGCAUGAUGGGCCCUCUGACCCAACAGAUGAACCACCUUUCCUUGGGCACAACAGGAACGUACAUGACUGCUGCUGCACCUAUGCAAGGGACCUACAUUCCCCAGUACACUCCUGUGCCUCCAACAGCUGUCCCUAUUGAAGGUGUUGUUGCUGAUACUUCUCCACAGACAGUAGCAUCUUCAUCACAAGAAGCCAGUGGCCAACAGCAACAGAUGACAGUGGAAACAUCCAGUGAACAUGCGCCUGCAUAUUCUUACCAACAGUCUAAACAAUAAACAGGACUGAAGAAUGUCGGUCUGAAAYCUUUGCCUUGAAUGGAGAAACUUCACUGAACAAGAAGUUGGCUUCCAGUUUGCACAGGCGUCAAAUGAAUGCUUUUUUUUUCUACCUUUCCCAACGAAAACAAAACAGUGUUUUUAUGUGCUGUGCAAAUGGUUCCGUCAUGUAGUCUGACAAUUUUAUUUUUGCUAUAUUUUUUUUUUUUCAACUAAAGGAAAAACCCAGAGGAAAAAUGCUGGGUUGACAUUUCAUCUGGACGAACAUUUGAAUUCAGAAUUUACCUGGAGGUGUAGCUAGAUUUUUUUUUUUUAAACAGAAAAACUGAUGAUGUCAAGAGGGAGCAAGUUGCGAUGAAAACCAAUUGUCUUCCUCAAAAAUUAAGCUACUCUUUUUCUCUCAUUUUCUUUUUCUUCUUGUUUUAAAUCUAGAGUGUUUUUUUGGUUUUUGUUUUUUGGUUUUUUUUUAAAAGAAAUGUUUAGGUAAGGUUUAUCUUGAAUCUUAAUUGCCUUAAUUUUAAGGACGUCAAAGGCUCUCAAGGCAAGCUGUCAACGUCUUGUUAGAAAACCCGAGAAUGAAUUGAAACUGCUCACACCGGUGCUGGUGCAGAAGUUUAAUAGACUGAGUUUUUGGGGUGAACAAAAAAUAAACUGUACAGUUUAAAAGAAAAUGAUUUUCUUCUUUUGAAGAAAAGUUGAUGAUAAAGGAACUGUGGCAACUGAAAGGAUUGGAAAAAUGCUGGGACUUUUAUGAACUUUGUCUUAAGUGUUGACAGAAAAAAUCUAGAAGGCUAAAGCAUUUUACAGUAAAGUUAUUGAAUUGAGAAAAAAACUUGCUGCAUUAUAGAGAAUGCAGGGUUUUUUUCUUGCAGAAUGCAGAUUUUUUUAUUUACGAAGCGUGAUCGCUAGCAAAAGCAUUAGUGCUUUUUAUCUGCAGUCUUUUUUAUGAGCUUUAAGAAGUUUUUAGUCUGCUUUGCUUGUCACAUUGCAAAAACCUAGCUUAAGAGCAUUAAAAAAAAAACUUAAGUAGAUAGGAGCUUAUGGUCAAAAAAAGUGCAAAAAAAGCAAUAGAUAGAAGAAAUUGUUGACAAUUUCUGUAGUCUUUCCUAGUUGUGAACAAAUGCAGCCUAUGGAUGGCCUAUUUUAUACCAAAGAUGAAGUGACACCCUAACGCAGUCCAGAAGAUAGAGGGUUUUUUUUUUCUUUUUUUAUCUUUAUUUGACCUACAUGGCCGGACCAGUUCUUACUUUCUUGUUUGUUUAAACUAUCUUCCACUGGUGUUUUACAUACUGCAUAUGUUUAUAGUGGAAAUUUCAGAAUAGUUGGUAUUAGAAGCUGUUCUGGUUUCUGAUGCUGUGCUUUGGAGAACAUCCCAAAGCAAGGGGGAUUGGGUUGCCAACUAAUCUGUCCAGGCGGGCUUUAAUUUUGAUUAGUUUUUCACUUUAAUUACCUGAUCUUUGGUAUUUCUACUGAAACAACAGUCUUCCUUCUGAAUUCCAACAUACUGAUUCAUUUCUUCACCUCAGUCUUUGUCAUCGUCCAGCAUGCAUAGCCACCUUAAUUCUGCAUUUAUUUCUCAGUGUUGCAUUUGAGUUGCCAGGUAGAUAUAAGAGAAAGCAAACUUGAUCUUUGUUCUCAUUUUAGCUUUCCCAUACAAGCAGAAAUUUUGAAAACGAUGUAGUAUUGUCAUGAAGGCAGGAAGUUAAAAAUYAUUCUUCUCUGCUAUGAUUUCUGUUGUCUUAAUAUGUUGGCUGACAAUCACUAAUUAGUAUGAUUAGGCAAAAAAAACAAAAAAAAAACCUGAAAAAAAACCAAACGGAAAAAAACCCCUAAAUUUAAUCCACCAAAACCUGUUUUAGGAAUGACAAUUAUUUUCCAUUCUUGAUUAUGGCCCUUACUUCUUCCAAACAGACAAAUGAAAAAGGUGAGAAGGAAGUCAAAAGAUGAUUUUUUUUUCCUUAAGGAGGCAGAAGUGAAGCAGCAUUUCCGUGUAUACAUACAUACACACAUAUCUWCGUGUAAAAAUUAAACCAAACAUUUAUAAACUUUCCCCCACCCAGAAGAGAGGGGAAGGUUCAUCACAUUUAUUGUGGUGGAUUAGAGACAGGGUAUCCAUUAAAAACAGUGAAAUUAAAACAUAUGUAUUGGAUCAAUCCGAUUCAGCUGCCCAAUCCUAAAAAGAAGUCUGUGUUUCCCUAACCUGACUUUUUKGGGGAAAAGAACACAAUUAUUUUUUUAAAUCGAUAAAACAAAAUCGUAUUUUUUAACGUAGUGGGAGGGGGGAGGGGGUUUCCCAAGUAAAUGCUGCUAGAUAUGCAACAUAGAAAAGAGAGAAAUGGGAGUUCACGUGGUUCUUCACCAUAGGAAGAGGGCCUGCUUUUCAGAAGUGACAGAACUUCUGCUUCCUCCUGAGCAGUUGUUGAUACUCAACACUUCUGAAAACCAGAUGAUGCCAAAGUAAAAGAAGAUCAUCCACAACAUGUUUUCAAUUCAGCAAAAAACCCAAACCUCUCUUUCUGUUUCAUAUGCUGUCUCAUUACUUGUUGCUUUUUGAGAGGGGCACUUGAAUUUUGUCCUUGGAUAAAGGUUCCCUCUUUCUUUAGAGGGCUUAUGAGGGGAAAAAAAUCAAUCUAGCCUUAGUUUCUUCCUUUCUACACAUGAUCUCUUUCUGUCUCUCUGAAUUAUUUGUACAAAUGGAGAUAACCCCAGGCACAAGUCAGUUAAAUAUGAAAUAAAGACAUUUGUUUCUGUGUUAGUUCUAAUGUGACACACAAAGUCUCAUUUGCUAUCAACAAUGAGGCUACAAGGUAGCUACCAUGUGGCUGAUGAAUAUGCUGAGGUACCUUCUUGUUUCUAUUCAGAACUCUGCUGCUUUAUUUAUACAUUCAGAAACAUUUUUCGUAUUUUUUUCAGCAAAGUUAAACAAUCUCAGUGUUUUUUAUUAAGCCAGGCAGGCAACACGAUAUCACAGUGCCUGUCACUUUAAAGUGUUUCAAGUGCAUUCUGUAUUAGAAUUUUUCCCUUUUUUUCCAUGCUAUAAUGUUAAAUAGCAUUUGAAAUCGAAACAAACAAAGCAAAGAAGUAGAGGAUGAAGAAGAGGAAAGAAAAUGGACCCCUUAAAUAUARUUCAUCAUCUUACUGAUCCCAAAAAAGCCAGUGAGCUGGUACUUGAAAUCUGUGAAUUAUAAACACUGUGAGCCUCGAGUGUAAACAGUUGUAGAUCAUAAGGUAAGAAAAAAAGCUUAUUUGAAGUGUACAAAAUGCUCAGAAGGUGGUAACUGAUUUCUAAAAGUCAAAAAUGAGAUWAAAAUGAACAGUGUAAUAGCAACACACUUGCUGCUUGGGUGUUGUCACUUGGUGGCCUCUGAAAUCUUGAACUGGUUUUCUUUAUGUCUGUUCUGGCUAAUAUGAUUUUUUUUAAGGUUUAUUAUUAUGCUCUGUUUAGUUUCUGUUUUCCUUUUUUUUUUUUUUUUUUUUUNAAGAUCUGAAUUUGUAAAGUCAAUAUCUUUGUCUGUGUUGCCAAUUUAGCUUUAAAUAUCAGGAGAGUUCCUGAAAGAUUGCAGAAAAAAAACUCUAGUUGUCUAAGGCAAUGGUGCCCGGCCCAGAGGUCUAGAAGUAACAUCAAAUCCAUGAACUGAACUGCGUAUGUACUUUCCAUCACACCUGAAUUCUUGUAAAUAAUUCAAUCUGGAUGUUCAGGUUUGGUAAUUUUGUUUUUACCUUUAAAGAUAAAUACAAAAGGGGUGUCAGAAAAUUAUGAAUUAUGGCUAGAAAAUUCCGAAUACCUGGGCUUGUCACUUAACAUUGAGGGAAAAAAAAAAAGAAAAAAAAAGUGGAACUGAAGAGAGUAUUAUAUUGCAGGUGCUGACCCAAGUGUAGAUCAGGGCACUGAAAAAUCUCACUGCUCCUGCUGAGAUUGCAGAGGGACUCUUCUUCCUAUCUGGCUCUACUGCUGGUUUUGUAAGCACUUUUCACCUGUGACAGUCAGGCCUCAAAUUGUGAAUGUCCUCUUAUUGCCUUCCAGUGAAAUAGACUCUUGAAAUGUCCUUAGCCUGUGCUUUCUUGUGUAGUUCUGUUUACCAAGAGACUGCCUUGGUUGUGUUGGUCMAGAAAUCCACCGUAAUGCAGAAUGAGGCAUAUUUGAGAGCAAUUGCAUCACAUUGUAUCAUCCCCUGCUAUGGAUGCAUGCCCAAACGUGGAAGAUGAAGGCUGGUCAUUAGAGAGAAGUGAGGGCUUAAACUUUCAAUGGGCAAUUGGGCUGUAGCAUUCGAAUGGAUUUUUACUCGAGUAAAAAUCAAAUGAAGGGUAUUAUUUAUGUAUGUAUGUGUACCAAAACUCAGCAAAUUUGAGGAAGCCUGCAUUGUAAUAAAGUUUAUUUUUAAUAUGUCAUAGUAUUUGGAUCUAUAUUAUGUUGUUUAUGGUACUGAAGAUUGAGACUGAUCCUAAGUGUUUAACAAAUUGCCAUGCUUCAYGAUUUUAAGCUUGAUGGUGCUCCUCAUGCCACUUCAUUUUAAUGCUGAGGUUGACAUGAGCAAAACAGGUUUAGGCAGACUCACUUAACUCCACCUAUAGCGAGAGUCAUGCUAAAGAGUGAUAAUGUGCUUAAAGUAAUGAAUCAAUCCAUUUUUAGUGAUGAGACCAAAUGUGGUAGUUGAAGAUAGUAAUGUWUGAUACACGCAUGGUCAACAUUUCCUUUCAAAACUUUAUUUAACAUGAAAUUGGUCMGGAUAUAAAAGAAGUGCCCUAGGGUAAG